GCUAUGGCAACCGACCAAGAUGGCGGCGCCCACGGCCCGAGCGGGGAGGGGCCGGGGGUCCUGAGCAGGGGGAGGCUCCGGCGGGGCUGGGAAUGAGCUGGGAGUGACCUGGGAAUGACCUGGGAUCUACCGGGACCUGCUGGGAUCCAUUGGGAUCUGCUGGGAUCCGUUGGGAUGAGCCAUGAUUCCGUCGAGGACGUGCUCGGGGAUCUCCUGGGAUUCGAUGAGGAUCCUCCCGUUCCCCCUUCCCGCGGAUCCCGACUCACCUGGCCCCAGGUGAGCCCCAGGGGGGUCCUGGAUGAGGAUCCCGGCGGGAAAUCCCCUGGAGAUGAUCUGGGAGAGACACAGGACCUGGAUGACCUGGAUGCAGAAAUCCUGGGAAUCUCCCGAUCCAGGCCCAGGCUGGCGGGAGCUGGGACUGGGAAAAGCCUCGGGAAGCCGCUGGAUCCCCAGGAAGGUGUCCCCCCCGGUGGUGACGUCACCGACCUGGUGGAUUCCCUGGGAGGAGCCGGGAAAGCCUCGGGAAUGACGGACAGCCCGCAGCUCCACAGGGGAAGAGCCAAAAUCCUGGAGCAGAUGGAGAAGGAGGAGCCUGGGAUGGAUCCCAAGCGAAAAUCUGGGAUGGAUCCCAAGGGAGAACCCAGGAUGGAUCCCAAGGGGAAAUCUGAACUGGAUCCCACGGAUCCGGAGCAGCCAGGGCCGUGGGAAGAUCCAGAUUUUCCCUUGGGAUCCUACGAGCCCUCCGUGGCCUCCGAGGGGCGGCGGGGCCGGAGGAGGGGGCUCAGGAUUCCCGGCGGGAUCGGCCUCUUCCCGAGGGAGUCCCCAAGGCCCUCCCUGAGGGGGGGUGGGGCUGGGGCCGCCUGGCUGGGGCUGAAGGACGAGGAAUUCCCGGGAUUGGGAGCCAGGGACGAGGAAUUCCCGGCAUUGGGAGCCAAAAAUGAGGAAUUCCCAGGAUUGGGAGCCAAGGACAAGGGAUUUCCGGGAUUGGGAGCCAACAAUGAGGAAUUCCUGGGAUUGGGAGCCAAGGACGAAGAACUCCCAGGAUUGGGACCCGAGGACAAGGGUCUCCUGGGAUUGGCAUCCAAGGAUAAGGAUCUCCCAGGACUGGGAUUGAAGGACAAGGAUUUCCCAGGAUUGGCAUCCAAGGAUAAGGAUCUCCCAGGAUUGGGAUCCAGGAAUGAGGAUUUCCCAGGAUUGGGAUCCAGGGCCGAGGAUCUCCCAGGAUUGGGAUCCGGGACUGAGGAUUUCCCAGGAUUGGGAUCCAGGGCCGAGGAUUUCCCGGGAUCGGAGCCGCGGGAUCAGAACUGGCUGAGCUCGGCCCUGGCCCGGAAAAGGGCCCAGGCCAAGGCCCGGGAGAGACAUUCCCAACCCUCUGGGAUCCCGGGAAAAGGGCUGGGGGAGGGGCUGGGGCUGCAUUCCCAGGAGAGCAGGGAACUUCCAGGAGAGCAGGACACAGUUCCAGGAGCCCAGCCAUCCCAGAGGGAUCCAGGAGCUCUGCCAUCCCAGAGGGAUCCUGGGGCUCUGCCAUUCCAGAUGGAUCCAGGAGCUCUGCCAUUCCAGAGGGAUCCAGGAUCUCAGCCAUCCCAGAGGGAUCCAGGAGCUCUCCCAUUCCAGAGGGAUCCAGGAUCUCAGCCAUUCCAGAGGGAUCCAGGAUCUCAGCCAUCCCAGAGGGAUCCAGGAUCCCUGCCAGCCCAGCCAUUCCAGAGGGAUCCAGGGGCUCUACCAUCCCAGAGUGAUCCAGGAGCUCUCCCAUUCCAGAGGGAUCCUGGGGCUCUGCCAGCCCAGCCAUUCCAGAGGGAUCCAGGAUCUCUCCUAUCACAGCCGUUCCAGGAUCCCGGACCAUUCCCAUCCCAGCCAUUCCAGAGGGAUCCCGGAGCAUUCCCAGCAUUCCCGGCCCAUCCCGGUUAUUCCCUGCUCAGUCUCCAGGUCCAGGUGGCGGAGCUGGAGCUGCAGGUGCGGGCGCUGGAGCUGGAGCGGAGCCUCUCCCUGGGGAGUGUCCAGAGGCGGCAGCGGCACCUGGAGCUGGGGGAGGGGCCCCACAGGAGCCGUGGGAAGGUGGGGGAGGAGCAGCAGGAGAUGCCGGGACCGUCCCAGGAUCCCCCCCAGGAUCAAUCCCAGGAUCCCCCCCAGGAUCACUCCCAGGAUCCCCCCAAAUCCCGGGAUCCCCCCCCGUCCCCGGAGCGGGAUGAGCAGCUCUCAGCGCUCCAGGCGCGGCUGUGCCGGCAGCAGCAGGAGCGGGACCGGCUCCAGGAGGCCGUGGCUUCCCUGGAAUCGCGGCUGGCGGAGCGGGAGCAGCUCCUGGAGCAGGAGCGCCGCCGGGCCCGGGCCGAGCGAUCCCGGGCGGAUUCCCUGCGGAAGGAGCUGCGGGAGCAGCGGCAGCUCCGGGAUCAGCUGCUCUCCCGGGAGAGGGCAGAGCUGGACGAGGCCAAGCCCCGGCAUUCCCAGGGUGCGUGGCUGGAGCAGCAGCGGGAAGUGCUCCGGGAAUGCUCCGAGGAGCGCCGGAGGCUGGAAAAGGCCCGGGCGGAAUUCCAGAGCCAGGAGAGGCGGAGCCAGGAGCGCUCGGAGCACCUGGAGUCGGCCCUGAGGGACCUGGACAAGGAGCAGAGCGAGCUGCGGUUCCGGGCGCGGGAGCUGCGGGCGGAGCAGGAGCGGCUGGAGCGGGAGCGGGAGGGGCUGGAGGGGGCGCGGCGGGAGCUGCGGGCGGAGCGGGAGAGGCUGCUCCGGGACACGGAGCGGCUCCGGCAGCGCGAGCUGGACAUCCAGGCCCUGGCCGAGCGCUCGGAGCGGCAGUGCCGGGACGGGGAUCGGGCUCUCCGGGAAGCGCGGGCCGUGCAGGGGGAGCAGCGGGAGCGGCUGGAGCAGCUCCGGGAGCAGGAAGAGCGUUUGGAGCAGGCGCGGCUGAGCCUGGCCCAGCAGCGGCGGCAGCUCCAGCGGCUCCGGCAGGAAUUGUCACCUCCAGGGACCGGGACCCGGAUCCUGCCGGGCACGGAGCGGCUGAUCCCGGGGGAUGCGGUCCCGGGGGAGCGGCUCCACAUCCCGCCGGCCCCCGGCGCUCCGGGAUUGCUCCCGGCAUUCCUGCCUCCCGUGGGGAUGAUCCUGGGGGGCUCCAGGGACCCCCUGUGGGGCUCCAGGGACCCCCUGUGGGGCUCGGCCGCGCUCCACGGGCACCUCCUGCUGCUGAAGCACCGGGCACGGGUGGACCACGAUUUCCUGGAAAGCGAGAGCCUCUUCCUGGAAAACCUGAGGAAGGGGCCCUGAAACCUCCCCUGGUGCCAGCCCGGAGCUCCGUGGGAGCUGGAAUGGGAAUGGGAGCGGGAAUGGGAGCAGGGAACUGGGAAUGGGAGCUUGAACGGGAGCUGGAAUGGGAGUGGGAAUGGGAGCGGGAGGUGGAAUGGGAGCUGGAAUGGGAGCUGGAAUGGGAGCGGGAAUGGGAGCUGGAAUGGAGCAGGAAUGGGAGUGGGAAUGGAGCAGGAGCUGGAAUUGGAGCUGGAAUAGGAGCAGGAGCUGGAAUGGAGAGGGAAUGGGAGCGGGAAUGGGAGCAGGAGCUGGAAUGGGAGGCGGAGCCAGAGCUGUGCCCCCCCCGGGCACCAAACCUGCCCACAAACCCUGUGUUUUGGGUGUUUACAAACCCUAUUUUUUGAUGUUUACAAACCAAUAUAUGUAUUUUUUUUAGUAAUAA